CCAGUGUUCACUGUUUUCGGCCUCAGUUCCUGGGUCGUCUGGGAGCCCCGAAAAGUCUUUCGGUUGCGUUUGAUCGAAAUGCGUUCGAAUAUAAAUAGAAAACAAUGAAUUAAAUCCAUUAUCGACGGUUUUGUCUAUACGAUUGGUUAUAGGUUUACUAUCAGUAUCAGCAUGAAACAAAAUGGAGGAAACUUACGAUGGAAUGAAUGGCCAAAGAAACAAUUUCAAAUUGUGCGCAACAAUCUAUGGACAAUGUUCUGGACAGUUUGGGGGAGUCUAGUUCUCUCUCACCUCUGUCUUCAAACGUCCAUGACCAUGAUGAAGACUUUACUGGGCUUGGAGAUCAUACGGGGGGAGGUAUGGAAGAAACAAAUUUGAACUCAGAUGGAGAUGAUGAAGACGAGGAUCAUGUAAAUAUUGUAUCUACAUCCAUGACCGCAGAUGAUGACGACCCUAUUGGUUUGGGCGUGUCAGGGGGACAUGACUCUGAGGACAUGCAACAUGAUGUUGAUGGGUUAGGCUCUAAAUCAGAGUAUGAGGAUAUGGUACAUUCAGAGACAUUAGAGGAAGAUAAUGCACAGGAGGACAAUCUUGAUGAAAAUGGUGAUUCCAAUGCUGAGAACCAGUUGGCUGAAGAUGGGGAGCUAAAGGAAGGAAUCCUGCUCACAGAUGGGAAUCUCGCUGUUCCUGUGUCUGCGGACCAUGUUAUACGACUACUUAUGCACACAUCUGAUGGUAAUGUAGUUACUGCCAAUGCAUCUGUUGAAGCCAUCAAGUUCUCCAUGGCCAAUGUUAUAACAUCAGAAGGAGGGGAGCUAACUCAAACUGUUUUAACAUUAUCAGAUGGAACUACCACUCUUAUUAAAACAGAAGAAGGGUCAGACCAGCAAUGUAUACCCAAGUUUGAGGAAGGUCAAACCAUCAAAUUAGAAGAUGGCACGACUGCGUUAUUGAGAUCUGCUUCCAAGGAAGUGUUAGAUGAAGGUCUCCAGGAAAUACAUUUUGAGGAUGGCUCAACUGCAUUUAUAACUCGAAGUAGCUCAGAUGGAAUUUUUGCUGAUACAACAGGUCUGGAUGGUGCAAGUCUCAAUUUAGACCAAUUGACCUCUCAGACUAUGAUGAUCAAACCAGUAGAGAAAGCUGUGUUGCUGGGGGACAAGGCAUACAAGUGUAUGUAUGAGGACUGUGGACGCUUAUACACAACACACCAUCAUUUAAAGGUUCAUGAAAGGUCACACACAGGUGACCGACCAUUCCAAUGUGAUUUCCCCAACUGUAACAAAAGGUUUGCUACUGGUUAUGGCCUGAAAUCUCACAACAGGGUGCAUACAGGGGAAAAACCAUACGCUUGUCCACAUACUGACAAGGGCUGCGAGAAAGCUUUUAAAACAUCUGGUGAUUUACAAAAACAUGUACGCACACAUACAGGGGAGCGUCCCUUCAAGUGCCCGUUUGAAGGUUGCAAUCAGUCAUUUACUACGUCCAAUAUCCGCAAAGUCCACAUAAGAACACAUACGGGAGAGAGACCAUAUAUAUGUGACAUGGAGGGAUGCGGUCGAGCAUUUGCCUCAGCUACAAAUUAUAAAAAUCAUAUUCGAAUACAUACAGGUGAAAAGCCGUAUGUUUGUGGUUUCUUGGGCUGUAGCAAAAGGUUCACAGAGUACAGUAGUCUUUACAAACAUAAUGUGGUUCACACCCAUUCUAAACCCUACACAUGCCACUGUGGGAAAACAUACAGACAGACCAGCACCUUAGCCAUGCACAAGAGAACAGCCCACGGUGAGGAGACACCCCAGGGGCUUUUGGUUACCUCCACAGAAACAGACUCUGAUGAACCUCCAUCCAAGAAGAUGUUGAUCAAAUCUGAGUUGUCGCAAGAGGAUGAGGGGAUGGGUCAGAAUCUCAUUGUCAGUGAUGGAGAUACAUCCGUUGGUGAUAAAGUUCAGAUGAUGUUGCUGACAUCUGGUGUAGGAACAGGGGACGCAACUACCUUCGUAACCAGUGACGGCAGCCACCAAGUUGCCAGUUUAGUCACACUGCAGACCCCAAGUGGCAUAACCCUGCAGGACCUACAGCAGAGUGGCAUCACUGGGCUCACUAGUCUUUCCCUCGGAGAAAAUGGUCAGCAGGUUUUGGUGGUCACUGACCCAGCUCAACUGGAAGCUUUACAGCAACUGGCUGCCCAGCACCUGGAAAGUCUAACACAUUCAUCAGACGUGAUGGCACAACUACAGGGCACAGGUCAAGGGGGUGAAGUGAUGGAUGGGACAGAAACUGCUGACCUAGCUGUUCCCCUAUCACAGUAGACUUUAGUGGUUUCAUAUUUUUAAAGCUAUCAAGGGCAAGGUACUCUGCAGUUUGAAAAUAAAAUACUCUUCAAAUACAUGCAGUACAGAGAAAAGAAUUUUUUUAUUAACUUUGUAGUAUCAGCUCUCUCUAUUCUUCUAUUUUAGUUAAUCUCAUAAAAUUUAAAUUUAUUACAGAUGCAUAAUGAAGAUAAAUUUGGUUUAGUACUGGAGUUAGUUUUAAAGAGUUAUAAUGUUAAGCAAGGGCUGCCGAUAAAAAUGAGAUUACUUUAUUUUUUUAUUUAAAAAAAAAACUAUGCCUUUUAUGAAUAAUACUUCAAAGAUCUGAGUUUAAAACGUUAUAUUAAUGUUUACAGUUCAAAUGUCAUCUAACAAGCAAUUUUAAUUAUAAUGAUUUUGUAAAAUUAUUACUUGUUUUUGGUUUGAUUUACAUUGUAAUUAUAGUCAUCAACUGAAUUCAUCUUGAUAAAUUUUUGUUAAUAUAGUUGUUUACAUUUUUCUCACUAAUAUACUUGAUUGGUGUUUAGGUAUGUGCAUACUUUAUUUUAUCUAAACAAAAUUUCUUAGGUCCACUUCUUUAUUGCUUGUUCUAAACAUGAUUUUUUUUUUAUAUUACUCCUGGUUUUAGUUUGGUUUAUUAUAGUUAAAUUCAUUGUGGGCUUAAAGUAAAGUUUAGUUAUUAUUAAGUAUUAACCUGUUGUGAAUAUUGUCAUUUUUUUUUUUUACUUUACAAUGAAAUUCCAAAUUUAAAAAAAACAACUAUAAGAACAAAUGUGGGGGUGUGAAUGAUAGGGUUGAAUGUUACGAGUAUUCUGCAACACUAAUGGUAUAGCGAAAAUAAAGGGAAUUAAUGUGAAUUUAUGAAAGUGUGAGUAGUUCCCCUUUUCACUGUAAAAUGUAUUGUACAUUGUAUGCUACUGAAUGUACAGAUCCUUUUGUUGUACAAAAGGAUAGAAUUAUUUGAUACAAAACUUUUUUUUUAUAUAAUGCUAACAGCCAUAUUUGCUGUAAAGGUAAAUGUUGAAUUAAAUAAACAAUAAUUUAUUACACUGUUUUAAAAAUCUGUUUUUAUUUUAGAACUGAAAAUUUUAAAGACAAUUUGAAUGAUCUAGUAGUUCUUCAAUCUUUUUUAGCAUAGAUAUCUUUAUUUUAAGUGGAUCAGCAAAGGUGGAUG